AUGUUCUGUGUGAUUGGGCUUGGAUUGUACGAUGAAAAAGACAUAACAGUUCGCGGGUUGGAGAUAGUCAAGAAAUCUUCACGAGUAUAUCUUGAAGCAUAUACCAGCAUUUUGAUGGUACCGAAGGAGAGGCUGGAAGAGUUCUAUGGUCGACCAGUAAUCGUCGCAGACAGGGAGAUGGUGGAACUGCAGAGCGACGAAAUCCUACGUGACGCCGACAAGGAGGAUGUCUCGCUAUUGGUCGUUGGUGAUCCAUUCGGCGCAACAACGCACAGCGACAUGCUGCUUCGUGCACGAGCACUCAACAUCCCUUCCCGAGUCAUUCACAACGCUUCUAUCAUGAACGCCAUCGGUGCUUGCGGUCUACAAUUAUACAACUUCGGACAAGCUGUAUCACUCGUGUUCUUCACGGAGACAUGGAAGCCCGAUAGUUUUUACGACCGAAUCAAAGAAAACGCGAACCUUGGGAUGCACACACUUGUACUUCUAGAUAUCAAGGUCAAAGAGCAGACGGAGGAAAACCUUAUCAAACGGCGCAAAAUAUACGAACCUCCACGAUACAUGUCUAUCCCGACUGCAGUUUCUCAGUUACUAGAGGUUGAGAGCACUAGAAAUGAAGGAGUGCUAGCAGGAGAUUCGACGCUUGCCAUUGCGAUGUCACGCGUGGGAGCACAGACAGAUGGCGAACAACGAAUCGUAUGCGGCACACUUGCAGAGCUCGCUGCUCAAGCCAGCAGCAUAUACGGAGAGCCUUUGCACAGUCUCGUCAUAGUCGGAAAGAGGCUACAUCACAUCGAAGUCGAGUUCGCGGAGGUCUUUGCAGUUAACAGGGAGAACUGGCGGAAUGUCGCCCAAACUGUGUAUCAAUGUAACUUGGAUUGA